CCACCCCAUGCAACUGGGCGGGCGUCGGCGGAGGUGCUGGGGAAGGGGAGGUUUGGGACGGCGUACAAGGCGGUGCUGGAGGUGGGGACGGUGGUGGCAGUGAAGAGGCUCAAGGAUGUGACCAUUUCGGAGAAGGAGUUCAAGGACAAGAUUGAUAGUGUUGGAGCUAUGGAUCAUCUGAAUUUGGUGCCUCUUAGGGCUUACUACUAUAGCAGGGAGGAGAAGCUUCUUGUCUAUAACUACAUGCCUAUGGGAAGCCUUUCUGCACUUCUACAUGGUCAGCCCUCUGCCAAUCUUGGAGCUGGCCUGACGCCGUUGAACUUGGCGAUGAGGUCCGGCAUUGCCCUUGGAGCUGGACGUGGCAUCGAAUACCUCCACCAGCAAGGCCCCGGCGUCUCCCACGGCAACAUAAAGUCAUCCAACAUCCUCCUCACCAAGUCACACGAUGCACGCGUCUCAGACUUCGGCAUGAACCAUCUAGUCGGGCCCCCAUCCUCCCCUACACGUGUUGCUGGCUACAGCGCCCCGGAGGUGACAGACCCCCGCAGAGUCUCCCAAUGGGCUGAUGUCGGUGUCCUCCUGCUGGAGCUGCUCACGGGGAAGGCGCCCACGCAUGCCCUCUUGAAUGAGGACGGUGUGGACCUGCCGCGGUGGGUGCAGUCUGUGGUUCGUGAGGAGUGGACCUCAGAGGUGUUCGACCUCGAGCUCCUCCGCCACCAGGAUUUGGAGGAGGAGAUGGUCCAGCUCCUCCAGCUCGGGAUAGACUGCACGGCUCAGUACCCGGACAAUCGGCCCUCGAUCUCUCAGGUCGCAGCCGGUAUCGAGGAGCUCCGGUCCUCCGGCUUGAAAGGCUUUGAAGAACAGCCUGAUCAAGUGAGCGAAACAGAUUGAUUUAUAAUUUAACUGAUUGGUUCUAGUUGAGAUUUGAAGGUAAAAAAGAGAAAGUAGCCUCAACAUUUUUACUCGAUCUUGAUCUCUGCAUGAAGUUGUUGUACUCGUUUGUUAAAUUUGAGCUCUCAAUUCUUGUUUGUCAGAAAUAUACAUCAACAUUACGACUGACAGAACUACCGAUUGACA